AUUUCUGCAGAAUCCUAUUUAUCUCGACAGCAGUGUCGGUGGACUAGAAAUAGCGAAAGAUGGUGCGCGGAGAUCCCGUUCAGACCGUACAGAAAUCGCCGCCGCUCAACAACGCCGUGCAGUCGAGAGUUUACGGAGGACGUAUGAUGGUGCAAAAGACUGGCCAUGGAUUCCCCAACAAGCAACCCCUCUUGCCAACCAAACAGAUCAUCUUCUCCAACACCCAGCCAGCGUACGAUUACCUCAACUCUUCGAAAUACGCAGAGCUCUUUAUCAACCCGAGCUUAAACCCAAACAUGUACUCCUUUGAAAAUCCCGUCCCCGCAUACCCACUCGAUACCGUCAUCCCGAACUCCACCUACCCCACUCCUCAGAAGACGUCACAUGACCUUACGGACAGGGUGGGCGGGGCCAGCAACGGACUGGGGGUCCAAUUUACCGUGGGGAAUAAGGGGGCGACAAACUCGGAGCUCGAAAAUCUCCUCACCAUGCCAACGACGAAAGCCGUUUCGCCGUCAACCGAACUCGAUAAUCUCUUCAAAAUGUCCGAGUCGGAUUUCACUUCCCUCAUGUCUACGUUCGUUCCGCGUAACACCGAACCCCAGGAGAGGGGGUCCGGGGAUUUCGCAAUCCCCUCGGCUACAACGGGGAUAUUCGACACGUUCCCGCCGGGAUUAUUCUCCGAGGGAGGGUCCUCCCCGUCUUCCUCGUCCGCAUCGCCCCCGACGAUGAUGAUGCAACAGCCGAUGGACACGUGGAGUGGUGAGGGCGAUAAAUGGGCGAGAGGAAUGAACUUUGCCAGCAACUCACUGCCUCUUCCUCCUGGCGAGGCAGAGACCCCCACCCUCUGGUCCUCUCCGCCUUCCACAUCUCAUUCCGAACUAACGCCGCUCCUCGAAGCUUUCCCACCACUUGACCGCGAUCUCCCCCUCCCCUCCUCCUCCCCACACUCACACUUCCACACUCCCUCGGUCUCCCCCUCGCGCAACACACCCACUGAUCUCCACAUCCAAAACCUAACGGCAGCAGCAGCGAGCAGCAGAGGACAGAGCCUGUCGUUAGAGGAGCAACUUGACUUUUUUGACAUUCCUCAGGACUGGGACGUCGUUCUUCCGCCGAUGAAGAGAUUGAUGGGGUCUCCCCUCGCCCUUUCUGAAGCUUCGUCACCCGUUUCACACAUGCACAUCUCCCCCGCCCCCACCCCUGCACCGAGCUCACCGGCCUCUCCUGUUGAAACCAAACCCAUCGUCGCCCCCCUCUCCUCCUCCUCCUCUUCAUCAUCGUCCGAAAAACUGGCAAAGUCUUCUCCCCUUCUCUUCGGGCAAUCGGAAGACGAAAUUCUUGUCAAGGUCCUAGCACAUCCACCCGGCCCCGAUUCCAAACCAGUCACACGAGAAAGACUGGUUUCGAUGCCCGUCGAGGAAUUCAACCGGCUUCUCGAUGUCACCACGCUGAACGAAAUCGAAGUGGCGUUCAUGAAGGAAUGGAGAAGACGAGGGAAAAACAAAACGGCUGCCAUGAUCGCGAGGAAAAGGAAGCGAGACGAACUGACAGAUCUCGACGAUGAAGUCGAGCAACUCCGCAACAGAAGGCCGGACUAAGGUCAAAGUACGAACAGCUGAAAACGGAGAUAGUGACGCUGAAAGCGAGGUCGAAGGCCGCGGAGGAGAGGGUGUAUCAGAGAUACUCGCGACAGAGCGGGGUCCACGUGUCACGUGACAGUCAUGUGAUCCACGUAGACAAGUCAGGGAAAGUACUGCUAGGACCUCGAGUAUCGUCACAACAGAUGCUUCUUGUGAAAUAGACUUCUUCUAGAAUUUUAUUGUUUGUCCUUUUUUUGUGUUUUUCAUUCAUUUUUAUAUCCCAUGCACCUGUUACUCUGUGUAUAUAUCACUCAGUGACUAAACUCUCAGAUUCUUCUAGAAGGUUGUUCCGCUUGUUCAAAAUUU